AUGCUAUCACGGCACGCUGAGCGAUACCCGACAAAAGCUGCUGGCUCUCGUCACGUCGAUCUCCUUAACCGACUUCAGGGCACAAGGGUGAAUCUCACGGGGUCGCUCUCAUUUCUCGAAGAAUGGACCUAUUUUACAGAUCUCUCUAAUCCUGCGUUCGAGAAUUUGACUGCCACGGGCCCAUAUGCUGGAACACGACAGGCUUCUAACACGGGGAGAAUUCUGCGGCAGCGGUACAACCAUCUUGUCCCCGAGGGUCGCCCAACCAAAUUCUGGUCUUGCAGCUCCCCACGGGACGUGGAGACUGCUGAACACUUCGCCACUGGAUUCUUUGGCUCAGACUGGAAGUCUGAUGGCUCAGCAGUGCUGGUAGUCAUUCCCGAGGACGAAGAUCGAGGCGCAAAUACGCUUACACCAGGAGACACCUGUCUCAAUUACCGCGACGACAAAGAGUACGGCCAUGACCACGGUUACGCAAAGCUGGCAGAGUGGCAGAGCACAUUCUCCCGGGCUAUCAGCGAGAGACUCGCCAACGACGCAGAGGGAAUGAUAUUCAGUCCCCUCGAAGUCUAUGGCAUGAUGGAAAUGUGCGGCUUUGAGAUCCUGGCAAGGGGAAAGAGCCCGUGGUGUGAUGUAUUCGAGCAGCGUGAGUGGCUCGAAUUCGAGUAUGCGCGAGACCUGCUGCACUACUAUCGAGCUGGCCCAGGCAACAAGUUUGGGGCAGUCUUGGGUUGGUUGUGGCUCAAUGCGACACAGCAACUCAUGUCCAACCACUCGUCCAGAGACGUCUAUUUCAGCUUCGUCCAUGACGGUGACAUCGUCCCUGCAGUGACCACGUUGGGAAUCUUUGAUGAUUCUUUGGAUCUGGGUCAUCUUCCCACUGACCGGCUCGUGCCCGAGCGGAAAUGGAAGACCAGUGACGUGGUGCCAAUGGGGGGACGGUUGAUAUUCGAACGUAUAACCUGUGAGACGAAUAGAGAGGAACUCGCAACAGGCCGAGAGCAUGCCGUACGGCUCUUUAUCAAUGACGGCCUGAUCGAUCUGACCAAGUUGCCCGACACGGUCCCUUUCAGUGCCAUAGAAGGUGCCGUGUCGUUGGAAAGCUUCCAACACACCUUGUCCACCAAAGGGACACAGCUGGGGGAUUUCCGAGAAAUCUGCUCUUUACCCAGCGACGCACCAGAUCGAAUCAAUUUUUUACAUCAAUAG